CUAUGCAGUGUUUCGUUUAGAAAUAACUCAAAGCCAGAAAGAAAACAGGGCAUUGCGGAGGAAACUACAGCUACUGGAACUGAAGGUGGCACGGGAGAGCGUCCUUGCCAGUCAUCCCAGUAGUGUCAAGAUCCUCGACCGAUACAGAGGAAUGGCAAGAGAAGUUAUGCGAAGUGUUACAUCAUUGGCAAUUCCAGACAGUGAAGGACAUCUCACUGGAGGCCACAGAAACAUUGUGAAGCCAGCAGGACACAAUACAUGGAGAGAUGACCAACCAAUCACUGUUGAUGAGGGGAGUGGAACCUCAACCCAGCACGUUAUCGUGAUAGAGCCUGCAGAUACAGAGGCUGCAGGUCCUGGGGUCAAGCUGAAGAGGUCUGAAGGAAAGGAGGACCCACGGCAAAGCAGAGACAUCCAGACUGGAGAAGCUGGAGAGCCCCCUGUAGCCACGGAGGACCCCACCACUGUCCCAGCACCCCCCAGGACCCAAUGCAGCAUCAUGGAGGUCAGUGGAACGCCGAACGCCGCCCUCAAGUCAGAGUCAGAGACAGACACAGAGACAGACACUUUAACAGGGCUGAGGCGACUGGACUGUCCUGCUCCUCGCUCAGAUUAUUUAGUUUACGGUAACCUGAACCCGAGGAUAGUUCUGUCCCAUCAGGACUCAGGUGAUGCGUUACAGACUGGCAAUGAUCCGUCCUGUUCAUACGCUACAGAGACAGAGAUGAUACAGGGUGACAUGGCUGUGGGCUUAGAUACACUGACUAAUCCAAUGAGAGGGGACUGGAACCGGUACAGUAGUAGUGUAUACUCUGAAGGGUGCUUAUAUAAGAAAGGAGAUGGUCUGGUCGUAGAUGAGGUUACUGUGAAAGUGGAGGAUGACACUUCUCUGACAUGGAAUGCAGACGAGACUCAGUUAGGAGGAGAAAACUCGCAGGGUAACGCUAGUGACUUCUUAGACUACAAGGAAAGCUUAGAGACUAAUCGAAAUGUUGUGACCCACUCCCCUUUACACGUGCUCAGGGAUCGUGACCCAGUGUCCACGUUGAUGGGGCCUUCCGAUUCACACGGCUGCGUCCUUUUCAAUCAGGUGCUGAACUCAAAUGACAGGGCUAGAGCCCAGGAUCAGGGAAGGGGAGCCACAUCAGGCAAUAGUAAAGAGAAACGGUUCCUCUGCAUGUUCUGUAACAAAGGCUUCAGCUGCCUCCAGAAGGUGGAGAUCCACCAGAGGAUUCACACAGGGGUGAAACCCUACAGCUGUACCCAGUGUGAUAUGUGCUUUGCUGAAGCUGGCAGCCUGAAGAGGCACCAGAGGGUCCACACAGGGGAGAAACCCUUCAGCUGUACCCAGUGUCAUAUGCGCUUCUCCCACUCAUCCAGCCUGAAGAGGCACCAUAGGGUCCACAACCCUACAGCUGCCCCCAGUGUGAGAAGAGGUUCUCCCACCAGAACCAGGUGAGAAUGCACCUGAAGGUCCACACGGGAGAAAGGCCAUUCACCUGUACCCACUGCGGGAAGAGGUUUUCAGAGAGGAGCUACCUCAGGAUACACCAGCA